UCUAGAUCUCGUCCUUGUGCGACAGCCCUAUCUAAACUUACUACUUAAACUAGAGGACUACGGCAUUGAUACAUCUUGAAUUCGACUAUCGAAAUAUUUCAAAUAUCAAUAUUCUCAUGUUUGCCUGCCGCAUCUCAGCGUACGACCGUGGAAAUACCAAGUAGAACAGAAACUAAAUGGAGCUAGUCAGAUUUUCGGAGCCGAGAGUUGAACCUUGGUGAUCGAAUCUAUCGAGCCAUCAACAUGAAAGGAGAACUGCGGUUGUUACACAUUCCUAUUACCGAUGGGAAUGAAACUGUCGCCGAACUGCGAAUAAGUACUGGCUAUGGAAGGUGGCUUCUAGCAGAUACAUGUGUUGAUUGGAAACAUGUCCGGAACAGCGGUAUUGUCUCUGUGCAACUUGAAUAUUCAACAACGGACAUUGUUCAAAUGGGCGUAUAUAUCAUACACAAUAACGCUUUUGAGUCGUUUCCAACUCUUUCAUCCGCAUCUACCAGAGAAAGCAUUUCUCCGAUAACCAAAGAACACCGAAAAAUUCAUUAUCGAUACCUAUUCAGCUAACUCCUUUUACUAGAUCCCAAAAUGGCUUCCUCAAACGCUUUUCAAGGCCAGCUGUAUUGCGAGAAACAUUCGCUCUUAACUUGUGUGGUAUGUCUACAUAGCAUCAACUCUGUCAAGGACGGGUUCAUUCCACUACCUGAACCUGGAAGUCGAAUCCCCUGUUCCGAGCAGGCACACAGCGUCGAACCAGUGUUCGGGAGCUUUAAGGCGACCGCUGAAAUCAGGGGUUUCCACGAUGGGUUGAGCCCUGAGGACCGUAAGAAAUAUAUGACUGACCUUUCGGAACCACAGGAUGGGAGUGACUUUGGCAGUCAUUUUCAUAGAUGUCACCGUUGUGGCCUCGACUACCUUCUCAUGGGUGGUAAGAAGUCGCAUCCUUCGCACGUUACGCCAAAUGGAGAUCGAUACAUAUUAGUCGCAGUUGAGCCAUUCGAAUUCUCACGCUCACUGAACAGAAUCUCAUGUUCUGCGAACUUCUUGUUUUCUGAUAGUCAUGCUCGUUCAAACAUAAACGCUGCUUUUAAAUGCUCGCCCAAAGUCGACUCAGGUUCCGUACAAUGGAACCUCGACAACGCUGAACUUGAGGCUCUAGUACAACUGCUCCACUAUGUCGAAGAUGAUUUGAUCCCCUACCGCAAGAGAAUCGUUGAAAAAUACGUAUACACUAACAGUGAAUAUUUCGCUGGCCAAGCGUGGCGAUUUCAACUGCUAGUUUACACCCCUUUAAACCGGGAGCUUCUAGAAUUUCUUUCUCAAGCUCACCGAUUGAAGUACAACGUAAAACGGAAGGCAUUUGUAGAGCGAAACUCUCUGGGACUUGUAACCAAGCAAUACCCUGCCACGGAGGAGCGACGUCAUCAGACAGUUUGCUUCCUCAGUAUGAUUAGGCGGUUAGCUUCGCUAGGCAUCCGGGUUUAUUGGCAACACACCCCUCCCAAGCCGCGUUAUAUAGCUGCAAAGGAACGGUUUAUGCACGAUCCACACAACAUCAGUGACUUCCGGGAAAUUGCAGGCGUGUUGGUGCCAAACCACGACCAAGGCAUACUAGAAGAAGAAGACCUCCAAGACCUCUACAAUUACAAUUCUCCCGACAAUCCACUGGACCAUGAGGAUUAUGAUCUCGUCAGACGUGAGUCCCCAGCAUUGCGUGGUGCAAACUCAUUUGAGGAGUUAUACCAGGAGGAUUAAAUAGGUGCGCGAAUUGGUUUAACAGCAAUGGUCUCAUAGGGUUAUAAGGAGUAGA